AUGGAAGUGGCUUGUGAGCUGGAUCCAGCCGCGGCCUUUGCGCUGAACUCAAAUGCCAAGCCCCAACAUAUCUUUUGGAAUGCAUCGGAACUCCGUCCAGAUGGGCAAAGCUUCUGCUAUGUGCACGGAAACAAGUGCAAGAUCCCAAACAUUGAAUUUGACCUCUAUUGUGGUGGCUUCUCCUGCAAAAGCAAUAGCCGUCAAAACCCCUCCCGGUCGGCUGUGGACCCAUGCGAGACCAAGCACUGGGAUAGCUUCCUCCACUGCCACCAAUUUGUUCACCGGUUUCGACCUGCCUGCGUGCUGCUGGAGAAUGUUUGCGGUAUCAAAUUGCCGAGGCAGGCUGGAAAAGAAAGCGUGCUCUCUGUCGUCAUGGAGAAGCUCCAAACCAUUGAGGGGUACACCUGGGCCCACUUUGAGUUAGACAGCGCUUGCUUGCCAGAUGUUCGGCCACGUGUGUACUUUUUUGGCAGCAGAUUGGGGCAGGGGUCUCUCUCUCGCAUUGAAUCCAACGUUCAGAUCUUGAAGAAUUUUUGCUCCAAGCAGCCGUGGCACCAUGUCCAGGGUUUCUUUCUUCCCUAUCCGGACAGAAGCCCUUUCUUCAUCAAGUCUGAAGGGGACAUUGCGAUGACUGAGCUGGAGAAGGAUGAGGCCCGUGCUGCCUAUGCUGUUGCUUUGGCAAAAGCUCGGAAGAAGGCAGCCACAAGGGUCAAAGGUCCGCUCAGUGAGAAUGAAAUUUUGCCAUCAGCUCGGGAGUCGAGCCACUUUCCAAGUUGCUCUCCAUGGAUGAAAGCCCAAUUGGACAUUUACGCCGCAGUCACACAGAAGUUGUUGAACGAAACUGGCCCAGAAAUUGUGAGCCCACACCCGCUGGCAGAUGUUUCUCAAUCUGCAAACCGGGGACCUGUGUGCUUGGAAGGCUUCUUGCCCACACUUUGCACCAGCAGCCGCAUUUGGUCAUUCGCUGACAGUGUGCACAGGGAGCUGCUGCCGGAAGAGCUUGUGGCCGCCCACGGUGCUGAGCGCUUGGAGCUUAAAGUUCGCACCGACUUGCGGGAGCAACUCCAGGAGCUCUACAACACCUAUGGCAAAGAGUAUUCGAUGUUCUUUGUGGUGGACCCCAAAGCCAGCUCCAAGAGUGACGGCCUUCGUCGGCUGGCGCAUGGCGACGCCAAGAUGUACAAGACAUUGGGCGCAUGUCUUUUUGAGAAUGGCUUGUUUCGUCCGCAGUUGGACAUGCUGGCUAUGUUCGAUGGCCGCAGCGUCCGGACACAAGGCCUCAUUACCAAGCAUGUAUUGAAACCUGGCUUUGCUGCAAAGCUUUUGCCCUCCCGCUCGGCCGUUCCUUUGCGCUUGAUGCAUCACAAUAGGGAGUUCAGUCAAAGCGGAUGGGCGCGGGCCCGCAAAGGCAAAACAGUUUUCAGUGCCACUCUUCCUGACCCUUUGGAGACGGUGUUUUUGGCUGCAGGCGCAGAGAGGCUUUCGUGUCUGCCACUUCGGCAGCGCAUUUGUGUAGAUUUGCCAGGUGAUAACAACUCAAAAGGCUGGCCAAAUCUAUCCUUGAGAAAGCUCGAGGAUCAGCAGCUGAAUGGCAUCACUUCUCAGAGCAAGAGCCUCAUUUUUGCUGGGGUAGGGGGAAGCACGAAAGACAUGGCAGAUCCGGCAGAUGCCUUGGAGUCUGGUGAGGACGAAGAGGAGGAGAAGGAUGCCAGUGCCGUUGUUUGCCUGUGUCCAUGGGAGCCUUGUGAGGAGAUCUACGCAGAGCUCUUCCAUUGCUUUGGGCCAGAUGAGACGAAAAAGAUGUUAGUUGUGGACUUGAGCGUUGGCUCUGGCAUGGCUGCAGUGGCAGCUGCUCGUCACGGCCUCAAGUACAUCGGCUUUUCCCACAAGCAGCUUCAAAGCGACCUUGUUCUGGAAACGGCCGUGUCCUCAGUUGUCUUGGCGCAGUCAGUUGACAUCCUCUCUGGCAAGCCUCAUAACGGAUUCCCCGGCCGGAAGAUCCGUGUCUUGUCACGUGCUGCAUCUUUGGGCGCCGAGACCCAGAGCACGCAGACUCCUGGUGGCCCUGAUCUCGAGACUUCCACGAGCGCAGGCCAACAGGCUGAUCCAACCGGUGAUGGAGAAGUUUUGACCGACAGUGAGAAAGAAGAUGAGGAACGCAUGGCGGAGGAUCUGGGGGACAGCGCUUUGCAAGACUUGGCGCAGUGCGGGGCGGUCUUGGCUAGCAGUAACCCCGCUCAGUUGGGGAAGGGUCUUUUUUGGCAGGGCUGCAGUAGGACCACAGCUAAGGCAACUGCAGGCUCCAUUGCUCUAGAUGUUCGUGACAACCUCAUGUUGGUGUCCGCACGUUGGUUCUACCGGAAUCUGCAGAAUAAUCCUUGGCUUCCUUCCACGGGGGUGUACGAGCACUUGCUCGGGGUAGUCCGGGAAGCUCCUGAACCGAAUGCUUCGGCCGAAGCAGUGAAGCAGAUCAUCCGCGCAGCCUGUACGAAGCGAGUCGGACAGAGAUCGGCAGACUCAGGGACUGGGCCACUUGAUCAGUUGGGUCAGGAUUUGCUGGACCAUGUUUGCGCCACAAUACAGGCUGCUGUGGCCGACGGGGGCCCUGCCGAACAGUCUGCUUUGACCACCUUGAAGCAAGAGAAUUCCAGCAAAUACAGCGGCUUGUUCCAGAAAGCUCAGCUCGAGGAAGGUCAAGGUUUCUUCAAGACCGUGAAGAAUUUCAGCUUUGCCGCCCAGAGGAUACGGGUGUGCUUCACUAUUGGGAAGGAUCCCGGCAGGUGGCUGGAGCAUUUUGCGAAGCCCCACCGAGCUGAUUUGGAGAGCCAUAGCCUAGCCAUCCAUGAUUUAGCCGCCAAAUUUUUCAAAACGCAGUUCCCGGACCACGAGCACACCAACAGCUUUGCUGCCUUAGAUUUAGAAGCCGAGCUCAGCUGGAGCCAAAGGAAGACUCUCGUUCACGCUCUAGCUGUGCAGGAAGGCAUUCCCAAAGACGAGCUGUGGAGGCAGCUGGCGGGCUCGCAAGGGGAAGAUGGUGCCAAAGUUGGCUUGUUCGCUCGCGCUUGGUGGUUCUUGGAGAAUCCAGCUUCAGCUCCUUCGUCAGCAGGCAAGCGCCGCAAAGUGUCUGAAAGAGGCCCUUUCGAGUCGAAAAGCGGGGUUGCCUGGGUGCAAACCUUGGCGGAAUUGAGGAAGGAAGCUAGGCAAAGUCGACAGCUAGCAGUGCAGGUCAUUGAAAAAGCUUUGUGCCUGCAGUGUGGCACAGCUACAGUGGAGCGCUGGCUUGGCGAAGUUGCUCAAACGGAGCUCAAGAAGAGAGCUCAGCAUCUCUGCAAUUGGAAUUUAGAACGAGCUAUCAAAUUGAACUUGCAGAGUUUGAGGGGGAGACGUGUUGGGAUGGCAUUUCAGCCAGAUGACCUUGUUGACAGGCCUGUUUCUUCGGCUAGUCGUGUUGGUGGUGGGGUUCUUUUCAAAGCUAGUCGCUAUGGGUUGAGAGCUCAGCAAGUCUACAAGGAUUUCUUUGGAGAAAAACCUGCUCCCAGCCGAAAGCUUGAAGGCUCCGCAGACCGAUCGUCAGAGAAGCCGAAGCUGGGCAACUUGCAAACCCAUGACAGCAGGAAAAGGACCUUGCAGGGGGAGCUGAAGAGCCAUGCAGCUGCCGUCAAAAAUGUUGUACAGGAGGCCACCUCUGCUGCAUCCGCGCUUUCUUGGCAGCCCAUGGUUGCUGCUGUGAAAGAAGUUGCUUUAGCCCGCUGUGAGGCAGGCAGUGGCAAACGACUUCGCUCAGCAGAAGACAGCGUACCAGGUUCAUCUUCUGACCGCAAAGGGCUGUUGCCAAGCGGCCCCCUCGCUGAAAUUUCGAGAGCUCAAGAUCAUGUGGCUGAAAAGCAGGUGGCCGUAGCAAAGACCACGCCUCCCGGCGGCUGUGUGCCGUAUGUGGACCCGAAAGGUGGUGUUUUUCUAUACAAAUUGCCUGCCCCAGCACCUACUGCUAGUUUAGCCAAGCCCUUGCCAGAGUCCAUCCAAAUCUUUCCGGCAAAUGAAGCAGUGCGCGUUCCGCACUGGAGGCGCUUCUCUCGCUCGACCAAAGUUGCCGCCUCGGAUGUAGUGCUGUGUGAAGACAUUCGCUCGGAUUUUUUUGCUGCUGGCAGCCUGCUGGCACGUUUGUGGGGAAAGCGACUUGCAGACAAGCAAUGGUGCAUGACUAAGACAAAAGGUGGUACCUGCAUUGCAUUCUCCCCGGCUUUGCAGUUCCACCUUCACCUGUACUUGCACGAGUCUUUUGCCAUUGCCCACCCAGAGUUGCAGACGGUGUUGCUUGAUGCAGUGUCUUCAUUCGCUGGCGCAAAUGCUCGCCAGCGCCUGCAUGCACACUUAGAAGAGUUCCCAGCAAAGCCAGCUUUUCCACGACUUUCGUACCAAAUAGUUUCGCAGCCACACCUGGAGAGAGUUCAGGUGGAAGGAGGCAAGACUAGCCAUUUGCUGAAUGUGGAGAGACUGUUCUCUCGCUUGAGCGAAGUCCAGCGGACUUCCUGA